CCUCAUCAGAUGACAGCGACAGCGUCCCCUUCUUCAAAACCGUCUCAGUUAUGUCCAAAUCCUUGCGGGCCUCGCCCUGCUCCAGGCCAACCUCUUCCGAGCUAGACGGCUCCAUUCCUAUUAGGGGGGAUCUUCUCCCCGAGACGGACUCCACCGUCAAUUACAAGCUCUCUGUGGACCCCGAGGACCCCGAGGACCCCGUGGAGUAUUAUUCGCCGGAGCAGGUUCUGGCGUUUGCUCUCGAGUACCUGGCCAGUGGCUCUGACGGGCCCGCCUGCCCCCUUCCCUGCGCCUCGUGGGAUGCGGAGAAGCAGAGGCUGACCCUCACCAUUGUGCGCGAGUCCAAGCAGGACCCCAUCAAGAAGCCCAAGAAGAGCAACGCGAAAGAGCCCAUCACUCGCGUGCGAACGCCGGACUCCGCGCUGUUCAUGGAGGCCGUCCGUCGCUUCUACCCCUUCGCCAAGCGCGGCCCUGGCGAAGGCCCCCGCCUGCUCAACACCAGACUGGCCGCCAAUGGCGAGUUGAAAAAGUAUUGGCAAGACAAGAUGGCCGCGGCCUACGCCUGGAGCCUGAAGCGAGGCAUCACGUUGUCGCGCGAAGACUUCCAGGCCGACUGGAAAAAGAAGGCAACCGACUUCAACGCCAAGCGCACCACUUACGAGAAGACGACCGCAGCCGCCCGCGCUGUCAAGGACAAGAACCAGCCCAAGAAUGAGCGUGGCUGGUACAAGAACGCAUGGCGCAGCCAGUGGGGCAAGAUGUGGGACGGCUACAAGCGCGACCCUGUGCGCUUCACGGCUGGCGAGAAGCAGACGCUGACGGAAGAGGAGGUCGGUCUUUGCAAGGAGCUUGAGUCUUUGCUGCCAAGCCGGGCUUCCGCGAGCGUCAAGGACGCCAAGGUGUCCUACGGUGCCAUCGACGCCGGGGGCCUUCUGGGACCGCUGGCCAAGGCCUUGAGCGGCCUCUCUUCAAAGACCAAGCGCUCCUCUCUGGGGUCCACAGGCGCCGUCGACGUCGCCGCCGCACCCCAGCCCAGCCCGCCCAUGCCCCCGCCCAUGCCCCCGCCCAUGCCCCAGUCCAGCCCAGGCGCCAUCGACAAGCUGGCCGCGGCGGGUGCCGAGCGCGUGAAGGCGCUGGGCGACAAGAAGCGGACGGAUGCGAAGAAGCGCAAGGAUGAGAGGACGGCCGAGGCGCCAGCUAAGAAGCACAAGGGCGAUGAGGUGGUAGCCCCGGCUGCCAAGGCCAAGACCGAUGCCAAGACUGCCGCUGAGGGCAAGGCUGCCAAGGUUCCGGCCGCGAAGGCUGGCAAGGCCGCCAGGGGCAAGGCCGCCAGGGGCAAGUAGACUGCCGAUGCUGGUGCUACAUGGAUUGUACAAUGUUCGGACUAGGCCUAGUACGGCUUAUUCUGGACUUAGCUACCGAGCAUUAGGAUGUUUGGACCCUGUGUAGACCACCUAGCGGUAGUAUGUUUGGACCCUGUGUAGACAUCCACUCCAGCAUGAGCGAGUGGCAUUUGAGGACUGCUGUGCUGCAUGUGCAUGACAGUGAGACUGUGAUGGGCGACAGAGCGCCUUUGACUGUGAUGCACUUACUGUCAGAUCGUAGUUGCGUGGAAAGCGAGUGAGAUGGUCGGUUCAGGUAAUCCUGAAACAUGUGUGCAGCCAGGGUCCGCCGCAGAUGUGGGAUAGAGGCAGUGUAACGUGCUCUGGAA